GCCCCUCCGCACCCUGCUCGUCAUUCACCAGUCCUACCUUUCAAAUCCUUCAAUUGCGGGCUCCUCAAAAAUAUUCUGUAUCACUCCUAAAUUCGUCACUGUCCCAAACAUUCCACUCUAAAAUACUAGGAUAUCCAAUACAUAUUCACAAUGGUUACCUCGUAAGUUUUCGCCGGGGGAGAAAAAUUUUCCGAAAGAUGAAAUGUCCAUCUUGACUCAUCAUUGAUAGCAAUUGGCUGAUAUUUUAAUUGGAAUUUCUAGCUCUGUUCUUGGGUUCCCUCGUAUGGGAGGUUUGUUCACUAAUUCCUGAUCGGUAUUUUGUCGUCCAUAGUAUCUAAUUUUCAUUUAGGAAACCGCGAGCUUAAGAAAGCGACUGAGGCAUACUGGGCUGGCAAGAUCGGCGCCGAGGAGCUCAUUCAAACCGGGAAGAACCUCCGCACCUCUCACUGGAAGAUUCAGAAGGAUGCCGGUGCUGGAACUAUUGCUAGCAAUGAUUUCUCAUUCUACGACCAUGUCUUGGACCACAUUCAGCUAUUCAAUGUUUGUGCCCACUGUCACCAUUUACCACGCAAUUCCUGGACUAACAUUCUGUAGGCUGUCCCCAAUAGAUAUAGGAAAUAUAACCUUCCCGCUCUUGACGAGUUCUUCGCCAUGGGUAGAGGUCUUCAGAGGGCUGCUACUGAUUCGAGUCCGGCUGUCGAUGUUCCCUCUUUAGUUAGUAUCCUAUCUUGUAUCGUUGUUGCCAUAUUGUGGCUACACCUACAAUUGGAACAUUGGGGGCGCAUUGAGCUUGCAUGUUCCUAUAUGAUAGGAUUUUGAACAAUUUUACGAAUUGGGGGGGGGGGGGGGGGGCUGUUGCUAACAAUUGUUACAGGAAAUGGUAAAGUGGUUUGACUCGAAUUACCACUAUGUCCGCCCUACUCUCCAGGACAACCAGACAUUCUCCCUUGCUGCUGAUCCUAAGCCCGUCCGUGAAUUUCUGGAGGCAAAGGCCCAGGGCGUCAACACACGCCCAGUCCUCGUUGGCCCAGUAUCCUUCCUCCAUCUAGGCAAGCCGGACCGUGGUGCAUCUGUCGACCCGAUCACCCUCCUCGAGAGACUUCUCCCUACCUACACUGAGCUCCUGAUCAAGCUCAAGGAGGCUGGUGCCGAGACUGUCCAGAUCGACGAGCCUGUUCUCGUUCUUGACUUGCCCUCUAGGGUUAAAGCUGCUUUCAAGACUGCAUAUGCUAAGAUCGCUGCGGCUGGAGUUUCGAUCCCCAAGAUUACUGUCGCUACCUACUUCGGUGACAUUGUCCACAAUAUUGACGUCCUCUCCAGCUUGAGCACCGUCUCUGCCAUUCAUGUUGACCUUGUCCGCAACCCUGAGCAACUCGACACCGUCGUUACCGCUCUUGCGCCCGGCCAGAUCCUGUCCACUGGUGUUGUAAACGGACGAAACAUUUGGAAGACCAACUUUCGGGAAGCCAUAGCUAUCGUUGAGAAGGCGAUCAACGCUUUGGGAUCUGAUAGGGUCGUUGUUGCUACUUCGUCUUCUCUUCUGCACACUCCUCACACUCUUGCUAGUGAGAGGAACCUCCCCGCUGAGGUUGCCGAUUGGUUCUCCUUCGCCUCUGAGAAGUCUAAAGAGGUUGCCAUCAUUGCUAAAGCUGUUACUGAGGGAGCUGAAUCUGUCAAGGCCGAGCUUGAUGCCAACGCUGCUUCUAUGCAUUCCCGUGCUACUUCUGCGCGCACCAAUGACCCUGCUGUUAAGGAGCGUCAGUCUAAGGUUACCGCAGCCAUGUACGAGCGCAAAUCUCCAUUCGCUCGGCGCAUCGCGGCUCAACAAGAACACUUGGGUCUUCCAUUGUUCCCCACCACUACCAUUGGAUCUUUCCCCCAAACCAAGGAGAUUCGUGUUGCCAGGCAAAAGUUUGGUAAGGGUGAUAUCUCUGCGGCUGAGUAUGAGAGGUUCAUCGAAAAGGAGAUUGAGCUAGUUGUGAGAGAACAAGAGGCCCUUGGCCUUGAUGUUCUCGUCCACGGAGAGCCGGAACGUAACGACAUGGUUCAAUACUUUGGCGAGAGGCUUACUGGUUAUGUUUUCACGAGCUUUGGAUGGGUUCAGUCUUACGGAUCCCGUUGUGUCCGUCCCCCGAUUGUUGUCGGUGAUAUUUCUAGGCCGGCUCCCAUGACCGUCAAGGAAUCCAAGUAUGCUGCUUCUAUUACCAGCAAGCCGAGUAAGUUAGCAACUGUCUUUUAAUGAUUGGAUACCAGACUGACUACCGCAACAGUGAAGGGCAUGCUUACUGGCCCGAUCACCUGCUUGAGGUGGUCUUUCCCUCGUGAUGAUGUUCACCAGUCUGUGCAGGCUGAGCAACUCGCCCUUGCUCUACGUGAUGAGGUCGUCAAUCUUGAGACUGCUGGUGUCAAUGUUAUCCAGGUCGAUGAGCCCGCUCUCCGUGAGGGCCUUCCCCUUCGCUCUGGAAAGGAGCGUGAUGCCUACCUCGACUGGGCGGUUAAGUCUUUCCGUCUUGCCACCACUGGUGUCAAAGAUGUCACCCAGAUCCACUCCCACUUCUGCUACUCUGAGUUCCAAGACUUCUUUCAUGCUAUUACUGCUUUGGAUGCUGAUGUCCUAUCCAUCGAGAACUCUAAGUCUGAUGCCAAGCUAUUGAAGGUCUUUGAGGAUGAGGCUUACCCGAGACACAUUGGCCCCGGUGUCUAUGAUAUCCACUCCCCUCGCGUCCCCCCACAGGAGGAGAUCAGGGCCCGUAUCGAGGAGAUGUUGCAGUAGGUAUAUCAAAAUCUGGUUUGCAUAAAUAAUCACUGACAACUAUUAUAGGUUCCUCAGGCCAGAGCAGCUCUGGAUAAAUCCCGACUGUGGCCUUAAGACCCGCCAAUGGCCCGAGACCCGUGCCGCCUUGGACAUAAUGGUCAAGGCAGCCAAGGAGUUCCGUGCCAAGUAUCAGGCUUAAUUCAACAUGAGUCUUCCUGACACAAAAUUUCUUAGAGAUUCUAGGUAGGGGUUGGGGGUGUAUGGAGAGAUUCAACAUCGGCGUUUGAAAAAUUUCACGAAAUCAUGGGUUCAUUUUUCAUUUUUCAUUUGUUUUUCAUUGGGGUUAGGCUUGCGUGGGUCUGGGUGUCUUGAUCGUUCAACCGGUGAAAACAUACACACACGACUCGGCAUUUGAGUCGGAGGGUCUUCAGUUACCUUUUCCUCUUUUCUAUAGCCUCAAAAAUCAGAAUUGAAACUCAUUUUAGCCGG